UUUUAAAUUAACCAUGUGUUGAACUGUCCAGUAGAUUCUUAUGAGUCCGAGCAUUACAAUCAAAUCAUUUCAGGAGGACUGUUGCUUAGUAACCCCAACCCUCUCCAGCUUUAAUAUUUGAAUGUAAACACGUCAGUUAGUCUGCGCUCGAGAGCCUUAUUGAAGACCCACACCACACAUCACCAGCUACAAGCUACUAUUCCAGAAGCAAGAUGGCCAUGAACAGUAUCCUCAACGCUGAUGACAUCAAGAAAGCCCUGGCCGCAUUUGCAGCUGUUGAUUCCUUCAACCAUAAGAAGUUCUUUGAGAUGGUGGGUCUGAAGGCCAAGUCAGCUGAUGAUGUUAAGAAGGUCUUCCUGGUUGUGGAUGCUGACAGCAGCGGCUUCAUAGAGGAGAACGAGAUGAAAACUUUACUGAAGAGAUUUUCCCCAGAGGGAAGGGACCUGAGCGAUAAGGAAACCAAAGCAUUCCUUCAGGCAGCCGACACGGAUGGAGAUGGCAAGAUUUCUAUCGAUGAGUUCACUGCCCUGGUGCACCAGUAACAGUUACCUCCCUGCGGAGUAGGGCUCCCCCACCCCACACCUGCUCCCAGACUGUUGCCCACCCCCCAACACGACUCUGUUCCUCCUCCCUCACCCCUCUGACCUGUCUGACAUGCUAAGCUUAGCUCUUGAUUUUGCCCCUUUUUUCCCCUAUCCCCCUCCACUGGUAGAGUUGUAAAAAUGAACAAACACUGAAAGAGGUCAGACUG